AUUUAUGACAUGUAAGCUAAUUUUAGAGCUAAUUUUUAACAGAUCGAAAUCUGUUAACUGUAAGUUUAUUAUUCAAAUCUCUCGAGGAAUAAGGACGUGAAUGGAACACAAAUAGUAAAUACACUACUUUGCUAUUUACUGCAAGUACUCGAAGUGAGAGGGAAAAAUGGACAAUACAACAAUUUCCAUUCUGCAUACAACAAACUUUCAGUUUCUUUCUGUUUGUCACUAUAUAACAAGUUUUGGAUUAUUUUUCUACAAUCAGAAUCUCAUUCCUCUGGAGAAUCGUAAUCAUUCAGUAUCUGUAUUAAAUACAUUUUUUGAUUACAUCCACAAUUUGGAAAAUGCAUCUUCAACAAAACUUGAACUCCUUCAGAGAGUGUUGGCAGGAAGCGAUCUUUACGGAGGAGGCGAAAAUGAAACACUUGACAUGAAAUAUGUCGAAGAAACAUUUCAGUACAUCAUUAGUAGUGCUCUCUUUUCCCAUUAUGGUAACAUUCAGGGUUACUUGGCUGGAAUAAUUAGUCGAGCAGAAAACAUAACAUACACGGAACUCAAGAAAAACGUCUUGCAACAGUUUUCCAAAAAUUACAAAAGUCAGGAUUACUGUUCUUCUAGAAAGGAAAGUAUACAACUGACGUCGAUCGCAAUUCAAUCUGUGUUUAAUCAGAACAUUUGGUCAAUGUUUCCAGAACCAGAAGAAACAAUCGAAAUAAUGGACGUUAAUUAUAUAUACGCAAUGAUUGGUUUAAAAAUUGCCCGUUCUGUUCCUAAUGUAAGUACAAAUCUUCCUUUCAAUGGUUAUAUUCUCCUAUCCCAAGAAUUUGAAUUUCAAACGACUGAGAAUAAAUCCUAUCAAUUAACUCUGGAAUUAUUUAAAACACCAGCUUUAUUUUAUUACGCUUACGUCAAGAAGGACUACUUCCGUAAAGAUGAAAUAUCAACUCUAAUGAAGAGAGAUAAAUUUUGGCAAAGGGUCUAUAAAACGUUCUUCCGUUUCCUACAUCGUUCCCUAAAAAUACAAAUAAGAGGAGAAAUUAAGAAGAGUCACUAUUUUAAACUCAAACGUGAGAUGCAAGAAAUUAAAAAUAGAACAUUUAUUGCCGCUGAAAUAAUUAAAAAACUUUGCAAUUACUCGAAUAUUGACGAAGUUCCUUCAAACUUGAUUUCCAUUUACAAAACGUCAGAAUGGAUGUUUAAAUUUAUUAUUGCUAGGGAAUGUAACAUUUCCAGAAGAUUAAGAUUACCGGAUUUAGAAGAAAUAUUUAAUUCUCAGUUUGAUACGGUGAGAGAUAUAUUCAAUCAAGUUGAACAGAAUUCGUUAGAUCAGAUUCUACUCGAUGGGAAAUUGAUCGAAAAAAUGAAUUCCAAUUCAACUGUUCAAUUUGCAUCAGUACCACACCAUGAUAUGCAUUGUAUGUACUGUGCACCAUGGCCAAGAAAAAUGAACAGUGACAUUUAUCUCAUGUUCACAAUAACUGAAAACGAAGAAAAGAAUUUUUAUGCCAUUAGACAGGAGAACAAUACUUUGACUUUACUUUCAAAUAGUGGAAACGAAUCGGAAUUUUCCAGAGCAGUCGCUAAUGACUCAACCUUAAGAAUGGAAGUCCAACAAUUUUCUCGGUACCUCAAAUAUCGUGAUGAAGAUUACAAAGUGUUUGUUCAAAGGGUAGCGGAUAUUAAGACUGAACAGUUUGUACAGGGUCUUAAGAAACAUUACCGAAAUCCGACUAGUGGGGAGAAAAUAAUAGAUUUUGUGAAAUCAUUAGUGCCAUUUUAUACCUGUAUUGAAAAUAUAAAUUCCGGUCAUCAAGGGGCAGCAGCCUUCAGUUGUUCCCUUGAUAUCUUUAGUCUUCUUCCAAUAGCUGGAGUAGCAGCAAAAUAUUCAUCCAUUAUGUGGAGGAGUUUGAUUGCUAAAAUUGGACCCCAAACUUUAUGGAGUCUUUCAAGAUCUACAUUCAAUAAAUUAACGAUAUCCACCGGUUUGGAUCUAAUACACAAAAUUGUGUUUAAAACCCUAACAAGGGAAAUUCUAACCAAACAACUUCUGAUAGACAUCAGUAUCGCCUCCCUACGAACAUUGGAUCCUGGAUUUGAACUAUCAUUUAAGUUUUUAAGAUUCUCCAAUCAAGUAUUUAGAAAAAUUUAUCGGAUGUUGUCCUCAAAGUUUGGAAGUAUUCCGAAGAUUAAAAAUCUCCUUCAAGCUUUUGAAUCUGCGAUGAGGUUGAUAAACAGAAAUGCGGAAUUAUUACCUGAUGGAACUGGACUAAUUCCGAAGAUUAUUCAACAUCAGAAUGAUUAUAACAUCGUUAGAUAUAUUUAUCCCGGUGGCACAGAGUAUUUCGGACCGAAGUGCUUAACAGCUUUUGGAAAAACUGCCGAACUGAGAACAAUCGAAGGGAACAGAUUUCAAGUUCCUGUAGUGUCCUCAAAAUCUGGUAAUUCAGUCUACUAUGGGGAACUGGAUCUGAAAAGUGGCCAAGUUUCUACGGAGAAGCUCAAAAUAGGAAGAGACGAUAUUCUUCGCAAAAUUGGGAAUUAUAUCGAUGAAGCUAUAGUAGAAGGAAGAGAUGUCAAUGUCUUACGUAAUUAUCACGUGUAUCAUAAUACAAUUGAGUUGUAUAACCAACCUAACAAAGGGGGUUCAAAUACGAUUUCUAAUCCCCUUGUGGACCAAAGAAAUUUAAUCGUAGAUUCGGAAACUUCUGGAACGUCAUCAAGGCAGUUGGCAAAUGACGAUAUUGCUAGAACAUAUAGAGGCGACAACAUUGCACAUAGUACCAGUAGCUUUCGUUAUUUCUAUCAAACAGACAUCGAUAGAACAAUAAAUUUACUGAAGGAUUUUAAAGAAAAGGGAUUAUUGGGUUUAAAUUCCGACAAGAAUUUGGCAUUAUUUCGAAGAAUUCUAAAUUCGAUGGACUCUUAUCAAUUAACGAAAAAUGCGAAGAAACCACCAGUUGAUUUAUGGCUAACCCAAGAAAUAACAAGACCAUCAAUUGUUAACACUUUAAAAAACCUAAAAGGAAAGGAGUUUUAUUUUAAUGACCUUACCCUACUGACAGAUGUUAAUCCCACCGACAUAAUUACUAACAAAUUAUCGAAAACUCCUUUAAAAACGGAAGUUCGUUAUCACAUUCAUUUUAAUUCGCACUAUGGACUUCUCGAUCUCGGUGCAUUUCAUGAUACUAUCAAAAAUCAAUAUAUUGUAUUUCCGCAACUCGAAUUUGAAGUAAUUGACACCCAAUAUUUUAAUGGAAAGGAUUAUUUGGUUUUGGAACUGAAACAGAAAAUUCUAUCAAAGGAGGAAUGGUCAAAGUUUAAAGAUUGGGAUACAACAGUACCUGCGAGACGGGAAAUUUUACAGUCCACAAGAGCUGAUAGUAUCGAAAGAGCAGCACUCUUUGUAUCAUCCAAUACACCUUUGAAAAGAUUUAGCGAAACGGAACAAUUUUUAAAGCAAUACAUUCUAAGAAUUGAUGACAAUUUAAAUUCAGUUUUUACUUAUGACACGUUGGCUAAUGAUAUUUAUGCUGGUGGUACAAUUCCGGAAAAAUACAAUCAGUGGAAAAUAGACAACAACAUGUUUAUUGAUGAUAUUCUGUUUCAAAAAUCGUUACAUCAGGUUGAUACAUUAAAAUCCGCGGAGCUUACGAUAAACAACAUAUUUGGAGGAAUUUACAAACAGGAAGUGAGACCUGUUUUUGAAAUUUAUCAUAAUUCACCGGAAAUUAGACAUUUACUUCGCUUUGAGGAUUACUACGUUAUCUAUUCAUUUAUAACUUGUAAUUUAUUAUCUGAUAUACACGCACUUAAGCGUGUCGAUGCAGCAAUUCGAAGACUAGCUUUAAGACAGUUUGACGAACAAUCAUCUAAAAAUUCCAAAAUAAUUUAUCGCGCUGUGAAUCUUUCUUUAGAAAAGUUUAGUGGUAUUAUAAAUCUGAAGACUGGUGCUGACUUCAAAUUUCCCCAAAUGCAAGAAUUUCAUUCGAAUCAAGAAACUGUGUUGAGUAAUUGUCGUGAUACAAGGACAUCAGAAAAAUUAGUACUAUUUGAAGUGAAGGCAACAAAUAUGGCUGGAAUAGCGGAUAUUAGUGCCGUUGUAAGUGAUCCAACUUUAGAAUACUAUAUUUCGGAGGAAAUACAAUUGACGAUAGUUAAUAGAAGACAGGAAGUACUGCAAGGAAGAGAUGUUUUUACUGUGACCCUUCAAAAUGAUAAACAACCAAUAGAAACACGAAUGGUUGAAUUAAUAAAAGAACUCGAUAAAAUAUUGGCAAGUGGUACCAAAUUUUAUGUCGACAUGUGAUAAUUAGUUAUUUUUUUCUGUCGGGUAUGGAAAAAAAAUAAUUUUAUUACCACCUAACGGAUACGUGAGCAUAAUUUAAAACUUUCAAAAAAAUAAAUUCAAGUAAACAUUUUUAUGUAGA